AUGGGCUCGAUGAUGCGUAAAAAAACCCAAGUGUCAUUCGUUAUUCGAGACGAGGAGGAGAAAAGGCAUAAAAACGGCGUAAGCUCAUUGCAAUUGGAUCCUGUACAGGGUAGGCUUUAUUCCGCCGGUCGCGAUGGCAUUAUUCGAGUCUGGCAGACGAGCGGCGGCUCACAGGACAGAUACAUUCAGAGCAUGGAACACCACACGGACUGGGUCAACGAUAUCGUUCUCUGCUGCGGUGGAAAAAACCUGAUUAGUGCCUCUUCAGACACGACAGUUAAAGUAUGGAAUGCCCCAAAGGGCUUUUGCAUGUCAACAUUGCGAACCCAUAAGGACUACGUUCGAACUUUAGCAUAUGCAAAGGAUAAAGAACAAGUCGCUAGUGCUGGUUUAGACCGUGCUAUUUUCUUAUGGGAUGUUAACACCUUAACUGCACUCACAGCUAGUAAUAACACAGUAACAACAUCCAGCCUUGUCGGUAACAAGGAGUCUAUAUACAGUCUUGCUAUGAACCCACCUGGAACUAUACUUGUCAGCGGUUCAACAGAGAAAGUAUUAAGAGUCUGGGACCCACGUAAUUGUUCCAGAUUAAUGAAAUUAAAGGGACACGCAGAUAACGUCAAGGCAUUAGUUGUGAGCAGAGAUGGGACACAAUGUGUCUCAGGAAGCUCUGAUGGCACUAUCAAACUCUGGUCACUAUCUCAACAGAGGUGCGUUUCUACUAUCCGUGUACAUUCUGAGGCAGUUUGGGCUCUUUUAGCUACUGAAACAUUUAGUCAUAUCAUAUCAGGUGGCAGAGACCGUCUAGUCAUUAUAACUGAAUUGAGAAACCCCGAUAAUUUUAUGAUUGUAUGUGAAGAAACUGCUCCUAUACUCAAACUAUGUUUCACUGCUGAUCAGCAAGGUGUAUGGGUGUCAACAUCGGAUUCAGAUAUACGGUGUUGGAAGUUGCCUCCUGUAAACACUCUAAACUCGGAAAUGUAUAAUCAGAAUAAUUAUAACACAAACAAUGUGUAUCAAACUCAGCCCUUGCACCAUAUCCCAGGAGGACGGGCUAUUAAGAAUUAUACUGUAUUAAAUGAUAAGCGUCACAUAAUCACAAAAGACACUGCCAAUAAUGUUGUACUCUAUGAUGUUUUAAAAGCAAGUAAAAUUGAAGAUUUGGGAGAAAUAGACUAUGAUGAAGAAGUUAAAAAGCAUUUUAAAAUGGUCUAUGUCCCGAACUGGUUUAAUGUUGACCUUAAGACUGGAAUGUUAACAAUACAUUUAGGGCAAGAUGAAACUGAUUGCUUUAGCGCAUGGGUUAGUGCAAAGGAAGCGGGUUUGACAACAGAGAAUGAUCAAAAAGUAAAUUUUGGAGCACUGCUAUUACAAGCUCUGUUGGAAUACUGGAAUCAUCCAAACAGAGUAAAUGAAGGCGGGCAAAAAGUUUUUGGAAAUAAUUUCUUUUCUGUACCACUGCAUACACCACUUAUUUUUAGUGAGGUUGGAGGGAGGACACUGUAUAGGCUGCAGGUCGGUGAUGCCGGAGGUGAAACUGAAGGUAAUAUUUUAUUAGAAACUGUGCCAUCAUGGGUUGUGGAUGUUGCAGUUGAGAUGGCUGCUCCGAAACUUAAUAAACUGCCCUUCUAUCUACUGCCACAUUCCAGUUGCCAAAGCAAACAAGAUCGACAGAAAAAGGAUCGUCUUGUUGCUAAUGACUUUAUUCAGUGUCGCAAAGUAGCUGAACAUGUUGUCGAGAAAAUUAUAGGUGGUGGUGAUGUCAACGGAUCCAGCACAACGAAAACUGAGGACAGCAACACUGACGCGCCUGAAGAGAAAGUGGAAUUACUAUGCUGUGACCAGGUUCUAGAUCCCAACAUGGACCUGCGUACUGUCAGACACUUCAUCUGGAAGUCCAAUGUAGAGUUUACAUUACACUAUCGAAUAAUAAAACAAUGA